AUGGCUGGAUCCCAGAUCCGCUGCCUGGAGAGCGAAGAGCCAUAUAUUAAAGUAACUGAAUCAAAUCCUGAAUUUUAUUAUUGUGAACGUCAGCGGUUGGCCCUUGAAGCUCUACUUGCCAAUGGUGAGGAAGCCUUCAAUCAGUGCCUCUCCCGUGAAAAGCUGCGCCCCUUUCUGUCGGAGGGUGAACUGCAGGAAUUAAAGGCUGCAGUAACGGCAGAAGAAUUACAGGCUCCCCCUUCAGGUGGAGCAGGGACUUACAGCUUUGGAACGAAGGGAUCUAGUCUCAGCUACUGGCCUCAGCGUUCAGAUGAUCCACCCCCAGAACUGGAGCUAGGCUGGCCAGACAAUGGGGCUUGGAAAGGAAUUACCCGAGCGGAGGUCUAUACCCAUCCACCAGGAGAAGGAGCACCACAUAUUAAGGAAUUGGUACGCAGCUGUAUCCAACAAGCCCACAAGGUGAUUGCUAUAGUCAUGGACAUUUUCUCAGAUCCUGAUAUUCUCUUAGAUCUUUACGAUGCAGCAAUUAGGCGGCGGGUACCAGUUUAUCUUGUGCUCAACCAGCAGCAUCUUCACUCCUUCCUCUCCAUGGCUGAGAAAACCUGCCUUAAUGUCCGUCACACAGAGAACCUGCGAGUCAGAAUUCUUCAUGGCUGUACGUUCCAAAGCAGAAGUCAGAAACAGAUCACAGGAACCCUGAAGGAGAAAUUUCUGCUGGUUGAUGGAGAAAUUGCAAUUACUGGCAGCUAUAGCUUCACGUGGACUGAUGCUCGCUUGAACCGCCACCUGGUCACUCGCCUUACAGGAGAAGUGACCGAAGCAUUUGACCAGGAAUUCCGCACUUUGUACGCGGCUUCCUGCCCUCUGCCAGCCCUGGAGACGCCCCCUCACCUCCAGCUUCCUUCUGUGGCACCUCUACCUAGCACCAAUGAGCCAGAUGUGGCUCCAUACAUCAGUGUGUUAGAUGGGGUGCAGCUGUCCCACCGAAUUGCAGAGCGACGCUCGGUGGCCCCCCAACCUGUGGCCAAGAGCCGAGCAGGUGAGUGGGAUCUUGUGUUGGCUUCGCCGGCUACUGCUGAAGAUCCCAUGUUGCCUGCCUCUCCUCCCAAAGCAUCUCUCCGAAAUCGACUUGCAGCAUGGCGGGGUGUGGACCAUUCUGGAGGGGGCCAACAGGGAUCUCCUGAUGGGCCCAGCGCUCUUAGCGAUAUCUACAGGAAUGUCCAACGAAACCGACUCUCCGCUGCCAAGACUACUGGGGCUCGCCCUAGUAAGUCCUUAUGGGACCUCAGCCGUUUGAGCCAGCUGUCUGGGUCCAGCACAACAGGCUGGGGACGAAACGGUAUAGACUCUGCUGAGGAAGCUAAAAAAUGGGGCUAUCAAGCUACACCAGCAAAGGAACUGAUGAAACAUCGAGGAUCUGGCCAUGUCCCAGAAGAACAGAGAAUGCCUUUUUACAUGGCCCAUGGGCGCAUGAUCCCAUCCCCUAGUUACAUACCCCUGGGAAGACUACAAGGACAACUCUACCAUAAGCCUCCCAAUAUAGGUCUACCCAGGACUUGGGGACAUCUGCCAAGGCCCCAGUAUGGGCAUCAGCCGCGGUUUUGA